AUGUCCAGAGUGCAAUUCAUGCUCCCACAGCGAUCCAUGGCUGCGAAUGGGAUCGGCACCAUCAACUCGAACUUCACUCACUGCACGGGAAGCGGGGCAAUCCUCGCGUACGGCGAUACGUCAUGUUCGCAUGCUCACGCCGCGUCUCACCUUAAUUUGUUUUUCUUUUGCAUGCAGGCGGCGCAACAAGACGGCGCCCCUCUUCUCCACACCGGAUCCCUGCUGAGUGGCCUGGCGAUGGCCUCCUCGGAUUCGCCGGGCGGAGUCACACUUACACUGCUCGAGCUCGUCAUCUUCGAGUCAAUUUGGACUCCCGACGAGCUCGCAAACGGAUGGUGUUCCGCGACCCCCUACUUGGCCAACGAGGCCGGAGUGCGAACUUUACCUGCGCUCUCGAGCCGGUCGCGUGAGCUGGGAUCGUCACGCGGCAUGGGCCGCCUGCAUUUCCCGCACAAACAAAAGACGUGGCAGCUUGGGCCUUUUGCACGCUCACACCUCGCUUGCGGCGCCAACGUCAUGCUUCCCUCGCAUCGACGAGUCCACUUCUGGGUGCUUGGUGCUCCGGCUUCGGCGAGCCCUAUCGAUCAAGUCGGCGAGCAUACCCAGCUGACUGCCCGACCACACAGGAUGAGCUCACACAACGUCCGCGAAACUACCGUCUCCGCGCCGGGCAAGGUUCUCGUCGCCGGUGGAUACCUCGUCCUCGACCCCGCCUAUCCUGGUUCGGUCAUCUCCACUUCCUCCCGCUUCUACUGCCAUGCGCGUUCGCAAACCUCCAAGAGCUCUUCGGAUGCAGCCAAGCAGCAGAGCUGCACCGUCACUGUCCACUCUCCGCAGUUCCUGGAUGCCGAAUGGGUGUACAGGGCUUCAUUCGUUCCGUCCACCGCCUCGGCACAGGACCAGCCAAAGGGACACUGGGUACUCGAGCAGACGGAGGAGUCGCGCGCCAAAGCCGGUCGCAACCCAUUCGUCUCGCUUGCCCUUGUAUACACUCUCCGACUCGCCGCAGAGGUCAAGGGGGACGAGGAGCUCCUGUCGCUCCUCCAACGCACCCGGUCCGAAGGGAUCCACAUCACCGUCGCUGCGGACAACGACUUCUACUCGCAACGAGAGACUCUCAACCUAGCGCCAGGAACGGCUCCUACGGUCGAUCAGCUCCAGCAGCUUCCUGCCUUUUCGCCACAAAAGUGCCGCAUCGGCGACGUGCACAAGACCGGCCUCGGCUCGAGCGCCGCUAUGACCACCUCGCUCGUCGCUUGUUUCCUGCUGCAUCUUCAAGCGGUCAUUCCCACAGACUCGGGCUCUCUCGAGACCGAAGACCUGGCUCUCAUCCACAACCUUGCUCAACUUGCCCACUGUGCAGCACAAGGCAAGGUUGGCUCGGGCUUCGACGUUAGUGCUGCCAUCUGGGGCAGUCAACUCUAUCGACGUUUCGAACCAAAGGUCCUUCAGGCCUGCCUCGAUGAGGGCGAGAAAGUCUUUGCUGAGGGAGAAGAGUCGACAGAACAGCGAGAUGGUCGGCUGUCAGCAAGGACACAAUUGCUGCCCGUCUUGGAUCCCUACAACCCGCUUUGGAAAGCAUCGCCGCUGUCCUCCAGCGGCGCUCCCGAGGACACCAGCGCUCACUCUACUGCGACCGAGGGCCUCGUCGCAUCGGGUCAAGAUCAAGUCGCAAGGCCUGCCUCCUUGCAAUUACCGCCCAGUCUUGACCUCCUCUUAGCCGACGUUGACGCGGGCUCCAACACGCCCAGUCUCGUUUCUAAGGUGCUGGCUUGGCGCAAGGAGAAGCCUGAAUGGGCCAAUCAGCUCUACAACGUCAUUGCCGCCUCCAAUCAGAAUCUUGCCGAUAGCCUGCUCAGGCUUCGUAUCCUGCACGCUUCCGAUGCCUCGAUGUACGAGAAGCAGAUCAACGCGGCCGCCAAGCAGCUUUCGACCGAGUGGGAUGCGACGCUCAAGCAGCUCCCCGAAACAGCCGACGAGAGCCACGGCGACGAGGCUGAUGCAUCGAACGUUGACCUGAGCGUGACCCCGCGCACGGUACUGCAAGCGCUGGUGGAUGUGCGCAACAGCCUGCGCUCAAUCCGAGCAGGCAUGCGCGAACUCGGCAACCGUGCGGGCGUGCCCAUCGAGCCGCCAGAGAUCGGCGCCCUGAUCAAGAAGAUCAGCGACGAGAUCCCCGGUGUCGUAGGCGGCAGCAUCCCAGGCGCCGGAGGCUUCGACGCCUUCUACAUCAUCCAUCUCGAGAGCACCGAUAGCCCGCGCAGCCUGGCUCAGAUCUGGCACCAGAUCCACAGCGUCAACGAGCAGGACGAAUCCAAGCUUACCCUCGGACCACUGCUGUCUCGAGCGGAUGGAGCCAAGAGCGCACCGGACGAGGGUGAGGAUGGCGGUCUAGACGAAGAGGUUGCUGGUCCCUUCGCAGUGCUUUUGAAGACGCUCAAGGCGUCCGAGCAUGCAGGACACGACUUUGGCCUUCGUCUGGAAAAGGUGGACGAGGUCAAGGGUCUCAAAAACGCGAUCGACACCUCAGUCUGA